AUGUAUAUUUUAACAUUACUUGAGAUAAUUUUGGUAACAAUCUAUUGUGCAAAAUUAAUCAAUAACAUUUGUUGCAAAGAUGUAAAUUUUAUAGUAAAAGUAACAUGUUUGAUUUCAUGGUUGACAAAUUUUAUUUUGUUAAUUUUGUUACCAUUAGAUAUUUAUAUAACAUUUAGAGAUAAAGAGACAUAUAAUAAUUAGGAGGGUAUAGAAGUGCAUUCAAGAGAAUAUGAGGCAAUAGGAAAUGUAUAAAUAUAUAAUGUAUAUAUAAUAUAGCUAUAUUAAAUAUUAUAUUGGGCAAAUUUCAUACUUUGUUGGACAAUAAUUCCAAUAAUGUAAGAAUAUGAAGAAGCCAUUGACUUGAAUAGAGCAUAGAAAUUUGUACGUUCAUUAAUUAACAACGGCAAAUUUUAUUUGAUAAUAGGAAUAGCUGGUAUAGCUUUUGUUGUAAUACUUGUUAUGACAGGUUAAGCAUCAGAUUAUGGUUUAGCUAAAUUAUUAAAAAGCAUGGCUAAUUCAUUUGGUGUUGCUUUAAUAAUAGUUUUAUUAGGGUAAUAAAAAUCUAUUAAGAAAUUAGAUAUUCUUUAAUAGCAGUUCCUAGAGCACAUAUGAGAACAUCAACAUUGGAUGUUUAAAUGAAAUAUUUGUAUUUUAAAACAGCUAAAAUAACAGAGGAAAAAGAUGAUGCUCAUCAUUUUUUAUAAGAGAAGGCUAAAAGAGUGGUUGGUAUUAGAAAUUAAGAAAAGUUUGAAUAAUAAUCAUCUAAAGUAUAUAUAUAGAUGAGUAUUAAAUAAAUUCCAAAAAAAAUGUUUAAAGAAUUAAUGGAAGAAGAUGCAAAAUCAAAGGCACCAGGAAUUAGUUAUUUAUAAAGAAUGUUCUUUAAAGAAUAACCAGAAGCAACAGAUGAAGAAGUUGUUGAAAUUUAUAGAGAUAUUAGAUAGAAAUCAAGAACAUAUAGAAGAUUAAGAGCAGCAUGGAAAGAGAAUUGUAAAAAAGCAUAUGCAUUAGAGAAUGUUAUAAAUUCAAUAGAAAAUUCUGAUAAAAAAAUAAAUUAUGAUGUAAAAUCUAAUAGAAAGGAAGGAUCAUGUUCUAAGACUUUAGAUACUUUAGAAUGGUAUUGGUUAUGUCACUAUAAACCUUAAAUUAAAAUAUUUUUUUCAUUAGCCUUAGGAAUAUUAUCUUUAUUAGUAAUAGUAUCUGAGACUACUUUAUUUUUAAAUACUCCUUUUACAAUAUUUGGUAUGCCCAUAUCAUUAUAAUCUGGCGUAUUAACAUUAUAAAUAUUUUGUUUUGUUCCAUUAUUUUAUAUAGCCUUUUGUGUUUAUUAUGGAAUGUUUAGAAUUAAGAUAGCUGGAUGUUAUGGAUUAUAUAAUGAUCAUUAAACAGAUGCACCAAGUUUACUAUUUGCAACAAUUAAUUUUAGUAGAGUGGCAGCUCCAUUAUGUUAAAACUUUUUAAAUAUGUUAAGAGUUAAAUAAAGAAUGAAUUGUGAACCUGCAUUUAAAUUUGCUAUGGGAGAAGUAUAUAUUGUUAAUUAUAUUAUUUAAGAUGGAAUUCGUACCUAUAUUUGGAGUUAAUGUUAUUUAAUUAAUGCCUGCCAUACUAUUAUUUUUGUGUUUUAUAAAUUACUUUGAUUUAUAUGAUAGAUUUAUGAAUUUCCUUGGACUUAAAGAAUUUAUGUUUACUGAAUCAUUUUCUGAUCGACUCAUUUAUAGAGGUAGAGAUGCACUAAAAGAUAAAAAGUCGUAUUUUAUGGAUAAAAAAUAAAAAAAGAAAGAUAAAUAGUCAAUAAAAGAAGGUGAUGUUGAAUUACUUAAAGUUUCUAAUAAUGAUUGUUAUUGA